AUGGAUAGUUUCCAGCAUAGUUCGGUUACUUCCUGCAAUAUGGCGGUUGGUCUGGAAGAAUUAUUAAGUCGGUUUUGGUCCUGUGAGGAGAUUGGGUAUCCCACCAAUUAUUCUCCGGAAGAGUUACGCUGCGAGGAGCAGUUUGUUCAAACGGUGGAACGAGGAUCCGAUGGUCGGUACUCAGUUUCCCUACCCAAGAAGGAAGGCGCUUUGGCAAGAAUUGGCGAAUCAAGCGACAUCGCAUUUCGGCGACUUCUGGGAUUAGAACGUAGGUUACUGAAGGACGUAGAGCUGCGGCAGCAAUACGAUCAGUUUAUGGAGGAAUACCUAUACCUGGGACAUAUGCGUAAAGUGGAAACGCGUUCCCUAGAGCAAGUAACUCACUUCUAUUUACCACAUCAUCCGGUGGUUAAGCAAGAGAGUACUACUUCUAAGGUCAUUAUUUUGGGGAGCCGAACGAAGCAAUUCAUGUUAGUUUCUGAUGUGGAGAAAAUGUUCAGGCAAAUUGAAAUUAACGCAUCGGAUAGGCCGCUUCAAAGCAUCUUGUGGCGUACAGAUAACAGCAAGAAUGUCGAAACCUACGAGCUAACCACGGUGACGUACGGGACUAGGCCCGCACCGUUCUUAGAGACCAGGACUCGCAACCAACUCGCUAUGGAUGAGCGAGCACAGUUGUAG